AUGGCUACUAAGGAAAUGGAAUCGUAAGUACAACAGUUAGUUUCCUUUUUAAAUAUGAUUGUCGUUCCUGAAGUCCUGUUUUCUUUUCUUUUAGCACCGUCCAGAUGAGGCUCUACACGCUCACAAAAAGGCAGUUUGUUUUGGUUUUCGUAGCGUUUUUCGUGGCUUUCUUUCUCACGGUUAUUAUCGGAAUUGCAGGUUUGUCUCGAUAAGUAACGUUAAUUCUUGCUUCGUGAAAAGUAGCAAUGUAUUCUUUAGAUGUAAGCCCUUUUCUAUGCAUUUUAAUACUCUUAGUUUUACAAUCAACAUUAUAACUUGGGAAACUUGAAACGAGCUAAAUCGUGCAAUAGCUCCUAGUCGCUCCCGCCUCCAAUUUUAGGGUAUAAGUGAAGGCUCGCGUUAACUAUAGGGGUGAAAUUCCAUUUUAAAACAUGUUUGUCAUCUUAAUUAUACAGAAUGAGAUAUCCCGGUAAAAACUGGACCAGCUGCAAAAAAUCGAAUAUUUCCAAUGUUAAAGAAAAUGCCGUGCAACGACGAGAUUAUGCCUUAAAUUUCUUAAUUUACAAUUCGAACUUUGGCUGAUCGACGAACUCGCCUCGCCGUGUUCUUGUUCACUUAAAAAACAGCUGAAUAUUGUGUAAAUAUUUUCAGGCGAAUUGUUUUGAAAGGUCGACCAUUGAAACGUGCGACUUAACAAUGAUAAUUACGAUAAAGGUCCGAGAAUAUUCUUACUAGUCAGCUGCCCAAUAUCCAUAUUUUUAAUGCACACACUUAGUAUAUGUAUUUUAAAUUAGUUUGUUCUUCCUGGUUUGUUCUCCACUUUCACUUAUUACAAUUAUUAGGAAAAUAAACUAUUUUCCUGUUAUUUGAUCGUGACGUUUAGUAAUAAAAAAUAUUCUGUUAUUCAAUCUUACAAGUUAUUCACUCCUAUUUCAAUGCACUUUAAUAGUAAUUAAUUUUAGUAAUUCUUACUAGUUGUGAAAGGUAAGUUGCCUCGAACGUGUGAGAUACACCAGUGUAUUAUUGCAAAAUCAGAGUUCAAAUGUUGUGUCCAGAUUUGGGUUCUCAUAACAUAGAUCAUCUUAUUAUCAGGAAUCUAUAUUCAUUUUUUCCCAGAGUUAUCAGCCAGGCAAGUAAGGCCUGGUUCAGACGCCGUACCUUUCAUGUGCCGAACCUAACUGAAUAAGUUCGACUUUGGAGCGACACUGGCGCGACAUCUGAUUCAGACAGCGUACCGUGUGUCGAACCUAAGUUAAGUUCGAUAAAAGUUCGACAGACUCUGUCGAACUUAACUCUUUUGCCGCACCAAACUAAAACUGCCGUACCAAGUUGAUUCAGACGCUGCUCUUUUGCUGUACUUAAUUCAUCAGUUAGGUUUGGCACAUGAGUGGAGCGGCGUCUGAACCGGGCCUAAGCCUGAUGGCAUACUUGCCCGGUUGCAAUUUGGGUUGCGCGGACAAAAGUGCAGAAUUCUGUAAAAGAACGGUGAAAAUUGAACAUUUCUGAUUAGCAUCACUGUUAACUACAACAGGCUACAGGCCUAGGCUAAACACAGUUUAUUUACGUUUUACAAGUAGCCAUGGUUGGUCACUUUGCCAUGAGGGCAAGACGGUCAACUUAUGUUUUUCCUUGCAUAAGGUAGUGGCUUCUGGAUCAUCUUUUUUUUCUGUAGAAGGCAGCGAAGUGUCUUUUUAAAAAUGUCACAUCUUGAUGGGUUCACUGAAGGCGACAAAACACCUUCUAAAAGAUGCCACAUCUUGAUGAGUCAGUGCUAUGGCAUUUUCUACGAAUGACCUCUGAAUGCAGUACUUCACAAAAAACUGAGCCUGAGAUAGUUUUGUAGAAAUAACUGCACCAUCAAACAGGGGCGUACAUGCCUUUAAGCAAAUAAGCACGGCUUACAAGUGAUUCGCACGGUAUGAAAUGUACUGGAAAAGAGCUGUGUAUUUUCCUUUGGUUGAUCAUCUCCUACAAGAACGAUAUGACAGGCUACAGUCACAAGAGAAUUGUUUCUUAGGACAAUAUCUUGUUCCAGCAAAGCUGAAUGCUUUGAACAGUGGAGUACAAGAUAAGCUUUAUGAAACCCACAAAACUGAUCUUUCAGAGAAUAGAGACUUUGACAAUGAAAUUUUAAGGUGGCAAGCAAAGUGGCCUCAUUCAUGAAACUGAUGGAAAACCAGUGACACAUCUCACAGAGACACUCCAGCAUGUUAAUCCAGACCUUUAUCCCAAUGUGGUCACAAUUAUUAACAUCCUCCUGACAAUACCAGUGUCAACUGCUACCCCUGAACGAUCUUUUAGCACAAUGCGCAGAGUGAAGACGUACUUCCGUCUACGACGAAAACAGAGCGACUUGCCCUAAUGCAUGCUUACGGAGACAUACCCACUGAUGUAGAAGCCGUGAAGCCAAGAUUUCAGAUAUGUGUGCAACUAAUGUGUCGCUAGUCAAUUAGGUCAUUACGUUGUUGCUGUUGUUGACCACAACCACAACUGGCUGUUCUUGUUCAGUGUGGAAUCCUGGCAUUUGCCAAUUAAUUUAAGCGCCCAGAUUGCACCAGAUUACAUCUCAGAGUACUUAAAUUUUCAGAAUUUUCCAGGAAGGCAGGUCCCCAGACCCCCUAGCGUGUCGCGUCUUAGGCUCUCACCGCACAUGCAACAUGCAUGGAUCGCAAAGCAAGGCAGAAACACCAGUUGGCUUUAUAUAUAAUUUAUAAUAUAUAUUGGGUUGGUAGUAACGGUGACAUCAUCGAUUUGUGAUGUUGAGGUGCCUCGGUUCUGUUUUUGCGUCUGUUUUGGCAAUCCAGAAAUGAUUUUGGCCCGAAAUUUUGAUUAGGAAGUAUUUUACCGAAAAUAUUGCAUCAACUUGGCCAGCAGCUUCAAUUAUCAAAAUACAAGCGAAAAUCGAGUUAAAAGAACAAUUAUUGUCAGUGCGUCUCACUUCACAGAUGAGUUUGGUUAGGUCGCGCAAUAUGUUUCUCUAAAGUGCAUUUCAGUUGGCCUUUUGUACUGUCAAAAUUCUUGUCUUUUUGUCCUAGAAUCUAAUUUACAAUGCAUUCUACACCAUGGAAAACCCAAAUUUAAUUUGGCGUUUUCCCUUCUGAUGGAUCAAAGUUUCAACUGCCAUGUUUUCAUUUUUUUUCUAAAUCUGACAGCUGAAAUACUGCUAAAUAUGUUUUUCAAAUAAAACCAGACAAUACAGAAAGAAAAAGAAAAGAAAGAAUGAAGUGUACACGUAGGGAUCCUCUCACAACAAUAUUUGUGGUGGGUCACCUAUCCAGUUCUUUACCUCGCCCAACAGGGCUUAACUUGAGUGGCGCUAAAAACUCGAGUUUCACGAGGGUUGUUGUGAUAUACGUAUUUCUAGUAAUAUUUGUAAACUGGGCUAAAUUUCAUUUUGCAAAGUUGUGGGUCACCUGUUGAAGGUUGUCAUAAAUUUAUAUUUCUUAUUGUUUUGCUCUCUCAAACAAAAUGUACAUGUACAUGUGUGUUGAGUUUAGGGUUACUUAUGGUCCAUUCAAUUCCAAGUUUCCCCUUUCCCCAGCCCGCUACCCGUGGAUUCAAACCUUAAAGUUACAGAGUAAGUUCUGUGCCAUCUAGUAUGUUGUUGUUGGCUAAAAAUUGUCAGGGGGCCGGGGAUGUACAUGCUGGCCCUAUAGAGGGUACUCCCCUAUAUAAUCCAUAGACAUGUGUGCCACCCCCAAGGGUAUGGCUUUUGCGCCAUUUCGGUCUAAAAAGGGAUCUAGACUUUGCCCUUUUUUGCCUGGAAUCAAGUUUAGUUUUCAGGGGAACUAAAGGAGUAUAUGAAUGUAUUUGCCGUUUCAAUAGGGACCUUAAGCAUCGACAACAAAACGGACAAUGAUGAUCGCAACCGAGGCAGACUGGGCCAAGGGUUUCACUUUCGGCAAGGAAAACGAAGUUUAAGCAGUGCAGCUUCCCAGACAGACAACGACUUUUUCUUUGCGAAGAACUUUGUCUUGUUACAGUCUUGUUAUGGCAUUCCAAGACCUCCGUAAUUUGCAUCUUAUAAGCUAUGAAGAUUGUUUAAUCGACGAUGGCGAAUUUAUUAUACUUUAUGACCUGUAUUAUUCGAUUCUUGAGGCUUUCUCUUCAUUGCGCAGCUUUUGUUUUUGUUUUGAAGUUAAAAGUAAAUACCGAUCUCAAACAGUUCUUGGCUUGCAGUUACUCUAUUCGGCUGCUGAAGAGAAUUCAGUGCUGCUGCAAUGUUCUUCCAUAUUUGUUCUCUCCACGUCAGUUCUCCACGUCAUGUUCUGGAGUCCACUGGAAAUAGUUGCCUUUAAUUUAUUAGCGGCCAAAAACAACAUGAGAACUGAUUAAUUUUAGUACAACCUAAAAUGCACAAACGAACAGCAUCUAAUCAAGCAGGUUUGGAAGAUAGCAGAGGAAAUUUUUACUUGUCUUUUCGACUGGUUGUUCCAUCAUCACUCAGGUUUUCAGACAAACUGAAUCUGAAAAAAAGAAAUUCAAGUGAGCAGGCAAAGAAAUCGACAAAGUGCUUAACAUUUGGAUUCUGCUAAUCCACAAAGAAUAUAUUUCUCCUUGUACUGAAUGACAAGGGGGAAAAAGAGGGAUUUAAAUCCUAAAAGUGUAGUUUUAUACUUAUGUUUUUGCGACAACGGCGAACCUCCCUGAAUUUCAUCAUCGACGAAGGCUGGACGACGUUUUGAUAAUCUUACGCAUGCUCAGAAGGUUCACGCAGCAAAAUCUCACUUCCGGUCGGCGUCAUCGUCUCAUUUUGUCGUGGAUGCUUAAGGUCGCUAUAAUUCCAAAUGGAUAAGAAAGAACAAGUAAUAUGUGACUUUGAAAUGCAUUUUAAGAUCAAGAAUUCUUUUUGUUGGCAUUCUAAUCUUAUGACAGUCAUCAUUCCUGCCAGGCAGGUCUGAAAACAGAAAUUGAUAUCAGAGGCCAGGCCUGAAAAAGGGUGUAAAAAAGGUCAGGAUUCUGAAAACUGGACGGCAUGUACACCCCCACCAAGAAUUUCCAGGAGGACCCCGCCUGGGAUGCUGGCUCCUACCCAAUAUGUUCCAAUGGAUCAAUUGGGGUUCCACUGUAAAGAGAAUUGUCUAUUUUAAGUGGGUCUUUCAAUUUAAGAAUAUAAUGUUGAAUCAUUUUUCAACAGGACCACCUAUUAUUACAGAACACACCCUACAAGCUUCAGAAAUUAGUGAAUCAGAAGCAAAGUUGACGGUUUGUACUACUUCUAGUGUGUAUUGUAUUGCACAUACUGGUAGAAUUAUAUCGAUGUCACUUGCUGAUAAGACUAAUAAAGAUUAGUAGCUGGUCUUUCACCUUGUCAUACGUACUUGUUUAGAGAUAUCAGUGACAUUCAACGUGCUUUGCAUUCUCUUAACCAAUCAAAGCGUUGUACUUAGUUCUUUACUAAUCUUUACUUAUGUUUUCGAAACCUCCUCACUUUAAUCAUGUUAGAUAAGUUACUGCUGUAAGUACAUGGAGUCUCUGUCUUGUUGUUUUAGACUGGUCCCUUCAGGAUUGACACUGGAAUCUUGUCAACGUUUAACCAACAACUCUGGAUUCUAUGCCAAAUUAAGCUGAAUGGAACCAAACCAGGUAAAUAUGUUAUAGUAAUGAAAGUUUAUAUAGUCAUACAAAUGAUUUAUUGAUGAACCCAAGCCAGGUGCAGUCCUAGGAUAAAUACUGACCAAUAUCCUAAACGAGCGCUAAAGUUGAAGCUUCUAGUUGUUCUGGGGACAUUGCACCCCCUGGAAAUUCUUUGGAUUUUUACUCCCUGGGUUUCUGAGUCAUUCAGACAGGAUAUUGGCUAGAUUCUAACUUGGAAAGGUUUUUUUCAUUAAAAAUAUAUUUAUUUAUGAAAAAUUUGACCGACUUUUGCAAAACGGUGGGAGUUGGUGUGAAUCUGUGCCUGCAAGCGAAACUGAUAAGGACAGAAUGACUGGAUAACCAACAAUUUGGCAAACAAUUGAAGACCAUUUAGCUGUGCUAAAAGAUGGAUCGAAACACACCUGUAACAUUUGGAGUCUUCAUAGCCAACAACAUUACGGCUUAAAAACCACGCAGGACUAUGCUUACCGGGAUGAUCAUAUUCCACCUACUUAUCUAAUAAAAGAGCUACUUUAAUAUUAUUACCAGAUCUGGUCAUGAAAAUAUCAUGCAAAAAUCACUUGAAAUAUUUAGAACUACAUUGUUAAAGUACAAGUGAACACCACUGAAGAAACAAGCCAAGAGCCAGAAAUUUGUUUUUAUUACCGGUGUAUAGUAAGCUACCUCAUGAUCAAAUGCACCCCGGGGCCAUAGUUCUGACUACUUAAAUCUGUAUUUCCUGCAUGCAUAAGAUCUUUUUACCCCAAUGUUUUCACUGUGUUAGCUGGUAUUUCCUGAUUUUGGUGCCAUAUUAUUUUGACUAUUGCAUUUUACCCGGGGGCGGGGGAAACUCCCAUAUGAAAGGGGCAGAGAUGCUCGUUGGAAAUUUUGAAUUAGACCCCUAAAGGAGACCAAUCUGGGCGUGGCCCAACCAUUUUAUGACCCCUAAAAGAGAACAUUUUAAACUUUAAUUACAUGAAUCAAGUAAAUAAAAUGAACUGAAAAUAUAUAAUUUUUCUAUAUUUCUUCAUGUGCAACUCUAAAAGAGACCUUUAAGACUAAAUAUAAAAGGCAUUUUGCCCAGAACACCCCAAGUGAGAUCAAAAUUUGAAAUUUACACCCCCAAGUGAAACUACGAGCAUCCCUGCCUCUUUCCUAUGGGAGUCCCACCCGGGGCAUUUUAUUGCUUUUUUUUAAAGUAAUGUAUGGAAUUUUUGUCUUUACAGGGACUGCAUUAAUUCAAAGGUUUCAUCUGAGUGUUAAACUGCUUGGAAGAGCCAAGGACAGCAGCUACCAUCUUAUAGGAACAAAUGCUUACAACAGAACACGUGAACUUAACUGCAAUAAGGUGCUUCUUAAUUCACUGUAUAUUCUCUCUCUUCAACAAGAUUUACCACCUUAAUCAUUCAAGACUUGGUCCCAUCUGGCAUUGUGCUCAGUCCCUAGAGUGGGGUAGCAGAUCUUGCCUGUAUGGUUAAGGUAAUAGGUAUCUACAGGUGGUUUCCAAAAGCCAGAAUGUGCAGGCCAGACCUAUCAUUUGAGAAAUGAAAUAUUAGUCUUUUCAGAAAGUUUUUACUAAAACCCAUAUUUGCCGUGCAUACCAUUUAGGAAUAAACUGAUAUGACUGGAUAGUCCUGAUUAAUAACUGAAUUCUCCUUAGGACUGGAUUGGUCUGGCCAACCAGUUCUGACGUAUGGUAAGGCGUCUUGAGAGUUUUGAACUGGUCUUGAAAUCUUGGAAGCAUUUCUGAUGAGUCGCAAAGUCUCAUUUUUGCAUUUCUUCAUGCCUUCAGGGCUAUCAUUCAAAUUUCAGGUUUCUGGGGUAAUGAUACAAGUAAGCAGGAAAUCCAACAGCUAGGGAUUUUGUUUGGUUCUAUUUUUCUUCUAUUUUCCUACAAAAAUAGGUGAGGGUCACAUUCAUAUAAUAGCCGGGGCCCCGGCUCUUAAUGACAGCCCUGUGUCUUGGAGCCAGUUGACUUUAAGGUGGCUCGACUGGAUUUUUUGGGGUUGAUACCUUACCAUUUUCUUAAAAUAUUAGCGAAUUGUGUAGGUAGCAUGCUAUUUCACUGUUUUGAUUAUUCUUAAAACUACAUUUCGAAAUAUUUCGAAAACGCUCUCAUAGAAUUUGUUCAAACUUUGCCAUAAUGGAGGCAAUUAUAGCAGGUACAUACUCCCUUAAGCGAUUUCUUCAAAAAACUCCUGGAAGAGAGAAACACAAAGAUAAAUGAAAAACGUAAUGGCGUCAUUACGUUGCCAUGGCGACUCCGAUUGCAAUAAAACCCAGAUCAUAAGAAAUUUUCAUCUUUAUAUAAUACAGUUGUGGUAACCUUUUUUCCAUAUCUUUACUCAUGCAGACGUAGUUAAUGCUCAAAGUUGGGAGAUAUCAACCCCAAAAAAUCCAGUCGAGCCACCUUAAUUUGCUUGCAAAGUCUUGGAUUUUGAAGGCCUUGGUGAUUACUCAUAGGUUUACCAUACAGGUUCUUACGCUAACCAGGGUCAUUUCACUUAAUAAACACGUACGUUUUGUAGGUUUAUCUUGCUUCUGACUGCAUUUAUAGGUAGUUCACGUUUACUUGGUUGAUGUAUUUUACAGUAUUAUAUAUUCUUAUGAACUUUUCAUCUCAGGAAUGCAAGCCAUUGGUGAUUCUACAUCUUGGAUACAUCGAUUAUCCAUCUUAUGUUGCUGUUGUUAGAUUUCACAACCUCAACUUACCGAAAGGAAUUCAAAUUAGUGACAUUGACUUUCAGGUAAGAUUACAUGGAAAGUUAUCUCUUUCUGUGCUACAAAUUUGUACUCAUCAGUCACAUAAUGGUAUAAUUUGUUCAUAAGUUUUGUUAUUAAUAUUGAUUUUUGAUGUUGUGUUUGUGUUUGUAGUUGAAAUACUACAAUGCAGACUUCACGCAGGUGGAAAUAUGGUUUAGAUUUGUUUUUCUGGUUCUCACAUUCAUGGUCACAGUAAGCUGUUUUUCUCUUACUUUUUAAUUCAAAUGGACUGAAUUAAGUUUCUUGUGUUUUUGUGCUGUGAUAAAUCUAUUUGUGGCUUGAUCUGUUAUUAAAUGAAAGUUUUGUUGUUUCUAGUGCAUGUUUGCCCAUUCUCUGAGAAGGUUUCCACUACAUGAGUGGUCAAUUGAACAAAAGUAUGUGACAUUUACUAUUAUUUUGUACCAUAAAUUCUUGUAUUUUUAUUUCCUUUAUGACACAACGUAUUUAUUUGAAUAAGCGCCCAACCUUGAAUUAGAAGCCCACCUCAAAUAAGCGCCCAUCCUAAAGGCAGAAAAAGUUAAUAAGCGCCCAGCCUCGAGUAAGCGCCCACCCCCACCCCACCCACUUUAGUGAAAAUGAGAUUGAAAUUUAAAUUGAAAUUGAAUAAGUACUAAUAAGAGACUUCCCCGAAGACGGAGUUUUCUUCUGCGUAGUUUACAGAGACCUUGCUUUUGUACAUCUUCAAGUUUUGUUAUUACCAUUUAUUGUUUUGUUGCAAAAUAAACAUACUAGACUUGCUGAAAAUGGUGAGAAUUUAAUAAACGCCCAGCCUCGAAUAAGCACCCACCUUGAAUAAGCGCUCACUCUAAAGGUCCAAAAAUUUAAUAAGCAUCCAGGGCGGUUAAUUGAAUAAAUACGGUAAUUUCCUCUGCAUACAGUUAAUAUUGUAUCAGUCAUAACAAGCAUGUUGGUUCAUUUUUUCUUUGCAAAGGUGGAUGUCACUUCUCCUGCCAUUGUUAUUGUUGUACAACGGUAAGAUUUAGUACUGGCAGUGUAAUUUUCAAUGCAAGACAAGUACUUUUUCUUUUCUUUACAAGCUAGGAUCAUUACCUGUCCCUGUUUGGUUAGCUCUAGCCUUUAUAGAGCUGUACACAGUGAUGUGUUAUCGAGUCAUUAAGUGAAUGUAACUGGAAUAUAUUCUGAUCUGGUGAUGUUUCCUGGUUGGGAGCCUUGCAACUAAAUGGGCACACCGGGCUGUCACUGAGGGCUGCCUGGGGGUUGGCUACUUAAUAUUAAUCAGCUUGAUUAGAGAUUAAUUUCUUCAGAAACUCAGGAUUUUCAAUAAGAGCUGGUGGCCGGGGAUAUUUCAUGUGAACUCGCUGCCUCCUUUUCUUUGGCAAUUAUGUACCCUGGCAGUAUAAAUAGAGUAUUCAUGUGCUGUCACUGAACAAAAAAUCCAAAAUUUAAUGAUGUCUGUGUUCUGUUCAAACACUCUAAUUUUUGCUCUAGAAUGCUGGAAAUGCACUCUAAGAGGCCCAGAUUUUAAAAUUUUUCCAGAAACUCACAUCUUUGGCGCUUGCAAGUCACGCCUUUGGCGUGAGUUUUUUCCUUCUCCACCUACUCCAAAGCUUUUGCCACCUACUUUAAAUCUUAUUGAAAACCCUGGAAACUAUUAAGGAAAAUUGAACCAAAAGAACUUCUUAGCUAUAUUCAUACAAUUCCCCAAUCAUGAUCAUCAGUUGAAUAAAGAAGGGUACCUGGCAACUUGAAAUCGUAGGGACUAGCCCUGGGCAGGCACCCCAUUGUUUUCUAUAACAGACUUGAUGAGUGAAAGGUUAAUUUUUUUAAAAAUUUGCUUUCCUGUGGCAGAUCCAUUGUUUCCACUGAACUUCUUGGUUGAUAGCUGGGUGCCCAGCAUGUUUGACUCAGUCUUCCAGGCAUCUUUUCUCUGUGCACUCCUGCUCUUUUGGUUGUGUGCAUUUCAUGGCAUCAGACAGGUUUGCGACGCUAACCCUUCUUUUAGUUAAAUUGAAGUUUAUUGUUGCUGUAGCUUGAAUAAGUUAAUAGUUAUUCACGUUGAAGCUUUAUAUAUUAUUUUAUUUAUCUAUUUAUUAAUUAAUCAUUCUAAUUAAAAAUUGACUGAUGUACCGGUACUCCUGUAUCUCCACCCCACUCGACUACAAUAGUUUGUGCUAUUUGCCGGCGGAAAUGACCUCCAUGUACAUGUAUCCCGUAUCAACACUUUAACCUAACUUAAUUCAGCAUAACGAAAUUCUUGUCUUAAUAUUCUUUAUUAUAAUUCAGCUAUAUUAUAAUUUGGUGCUCUAGGAAUCGCUGUGAUUACUUAAUUUUAAGUCAUUAUACUUUAUUUUACAGGGUGUCAAUAUUUUUGUUAAUUUUAAAAAUAAAUAAAUAUAAUGUAAUAAAUAAUUAAUUAAAUUAAUAUUGAAAAUACUGCUGAUAGUAAUAAUGGGUGCCUGGAUCAAAGGCCUAAGGGACUGAUCAUGACUGAUAAACUUCUAGAUUCUCCUUUCUAUUUGCUGUCUGUAAGUGCUUGGGAAUCAAUGGAAGAAUUUCUUAAUUCAUCAGCAGUUACUUAGCGCUUUAUUCUCCCUUACAUGUUAUUCUGAUUGUGUGUUUAAUAUUAUUCUUGCAGAGUGAAAGGCGACUGAGUUUUUACCUUCCAAAGCUUCUCAUUGUUGGUGUUCUAUGGGUUUCAGCUUUUACGUUGUCAUCUUGGCAACAGUAAGUCUUUGUAUUAGUUGUGUUUCUGACAUUCAGAGUCACAGGGUUCGCAUGCACCUUGAAGUCCUUGAAAGUCCUUGAAUUUUAAAAUAAAACUCCAAGGCCUUGAAAUUCCUUGAAAAUUGCAGUUGGUGCUGGAAAGUCCUUAAAUUUCAGUGCUAACUUUAUCCAACCUGGAUUCUCAAGUGCCUAAAAGCAGCAAACACAGAAAGAUCUUCAGGAUAAGAUUGCUCAUGUUGUGGAAGUUCUUUAAAAGACAUAGACUCAAGGCUCUUUUUUGCACUGAAUGGAGUCCAUGGAAAAUAGGAAAUGUGUCCUUGUAAGCCUUUGAAAAGUUCUUGAAUUUUUUGUUCACAAAAAAGGGUACUAACCCUGGAGUCAGAUAUGACAAUAAAGGCUGAUUUCCUGAUGCAUGCAGUUGGUACUUCUUAUGCAUAAAACAUGUAGCAGUAUAAUUUCGUUUCUACUGGCAUCCUUGUUCAAAGUCUUUCUCUCAUUAACCAUUUUAUACCUCAUCACCUUCAAAGUUGUUCCCUGGUUGCAGUUGUUUAUUUCUUGGGGAAGUUUUCACGAAUCUCAACUGGCUGGAGGCAAACCUGGGUUGCUGAAGUUGAACUUGGGACUGCAAGAACAAUCCAGCUUAGCAGCAGUUGGUACUGGACUUGAAAUUAGGGCUGUUAAUGCUCAAACAUUAAGUUUCCUUCUCAUUUUAUAAUUUGGAGGAUUAAGCUACUUGUGUGUAGCUUUACUCUCUUGAGGAAGCACCAUUCUAGAACAGACAUCUCUUUAGAGCUAGUUUUGAAGGGAUAAUGCUGAAAAAUGACUUUCCUUCCAACAGGUAUAAUGAGCUACAAGAUCCAACCUAUCAGUACAAGAUCGAUAUUGGCCACUUCAUGGUAAGAACCCUUUAAGACGCCCAAAAUCAAAAUUGAAUAUACAACCAAUACCUAAAAAGUCAUAUUUUUUCAAUUGAAUGAGGCAAAAUCUGAAAAAUAGGUAAUACCAGGGGAAAGUUGGAAUCCUGAUUUCUCUAACCCUCAGUCUUUCCCCCCUCUAUCAGCAAAACACAGUACUUUUACCCCUUGAGCUGAAAAUUCAAACCAAUUUGCUUUUCCCAUAUCAGGAUUCCAGUGCAAAAUGUAGUUAUCCUCAUUCCAUGAGUUGCCUGGUUAGCUCAGUUGGGAGAGCACCAGUCUACUGAGCAGGAGGUUGCGGGUUCAAACCCUGGCCAGACCAACACUCAGGGUCUUUAAAAUAACUGAGGAGAAAGUGCUGCCUUUGCAAUGACAUCUGCAAAUGGUUAGACUUUCUAGUCUUCUCGGAUAAGGACAAAAAACCAUAGGUCCCGUCUCACAGCACUUUCACUUAUCUGGUUCUUAGGGGACGUAAAAGAACCCACACCACUGUUCAAAUUAGGUGACGUAGACCCCACUGGUGUGGCCAGCCUCUCCUGGCCUGGGUGGGUUAUCUGCAAAGGACACAUUUAAAUUGGAGCCUCGCUCUGUUGUGUGUUCCAUACCAUAUGGUAGAGGUGAUUAAAUAAAUAAAUAUAUAAAUUGGAAACUGACCACCUCCUAAACACUGGUGGAGGUCUUUAUAAUUAAAUAAAACUCAUGCAGGUCAAAUAAAAGUCAGAAACUGACUGGAGAAAAAAAUUUUUUAACAUUAUUUUAACCUUUUAUUAAAUUAUUAUUAUUAUUACCAUUAUUAUUAUUGGAGGCUUUUUCUGAGAGUUUUAUAAGAUCCAACACUGCUUAAAUAGAUAUAUUCUUUAGAAAUAAUUCUGAAACUCAUGCAGGUCAAGACCAAAAGUCAGAACUGGCAAAACCAGACUGCUGGUCAUCAUGAAAUUAAAAUUUUUUAACAUUAUUAAAAUUAAUUAUUUUAUUAUUAUUAUUAUUAUUAUUAUUACCAUUAUUAUUAUUGAAAUAGGCUUUUCCUGAGAGUUUUCACUUAAGAUCCAACACUGCUGUAAAUAGUAUAUAUUCACUUUAGAAAUAAUAUGAUACUGAUCUGAAACUCAUGCAGGUCAAGACCAAAAGUCAGAACUGGCAAAACCAGACUGCUGGUCAUCAUGAAAUUAAAAUGUUUUAACAUUAUUAAAAUUAAUUAUUUUAUCAUUAUUAUUAUUAUUAUGAUUGAUAGUGAAAUUCAUUAUUAUUAUUGAAAUCUUUUUAGUUUUCUUUCCAACACUGGGCCUGAAGGUGUUGAAAUUCUCUUAUUCUUUAGGGCCUGAAGGUGUUGUUCUUCACGAUUGGUGCAAUUUACUUGGUUUAUCUGGUGUACUUGUUAAUCAGGGCAUACAGUGAACUUAGGGCUAUGCCUUACUUUGGUAAACAUCUUAACGUUUUAUUCUUUUCGUACAGUAACUCCCAAUGAAAAGCGCAAUUCCUUUUUAUAGCUGUAACAACAAAUUCGCUCUUGUAUACAGACUUUUAUUUCCAAUACUGUGAGACAGAGAUGGCUACAACAUCAAAUUCAUGCACACACACAAACAGUGUUCCAAUGGUACAGCCAUCAAUGCAUUGAAAUUGAUCAGUUUCGAAUUUGAUCUGACUUUGAGUGAAUGCCCUAGUUGCAAAAUACCCACUAAAAACAUUACAUGGGAAAACUGAAAUUUGGUUCGCAAAAUCAAAUGGUUUGCAAUAUUCUGUUUGGGAAGGUUCAGAAAAUAUGGGCUUUGAUUUGAGGCGAUGCAAUUUUUUUGGUCUUUUGAAUUUGGAUAUACUUUGUAGUUGCUUGUGCUACAAAUUUUAUAGUUUUAUGUUUAUCCACAAGAUUUCCAUCAGGGUGGUUUGUGCAAGUGAUUAUCACCCCAGGUCACAUGACCUCUCAAGGUGGUGGAAAAAAGACCCAGGGUACCCAGUUGCUACAUUAAUGUAAACAGAAUUAUAAAUGCCAUAAAAGAUUGUUUUUUGUUCUUUCUAGAUUUAAUACAAAACGUUUUCUUACAUUAUGUGUUUGAUAAAAUUUUUGUUAACAGAUGUUCGGCUCAAGUUUCUGACUGGUCUUAUGCUAAUUGUUUUAACAAUAAGGUAAGUAAAGGUUCCAUUCUUUCCAGGUUUGCUUCCGUGUAAAGUAAUUGUGAAAAUCUGGAAUCGAGGAAAUUUUUGCUUGUGGAAUCCGGAAUCCGGGGCUUUGAAAUUCGGAGUUCAGCUCAAGGUAUUCGGAAUCCCACUUAUAAUUUGAAUCCGGAAUCAAAGUUCCAUUGACAAAGAAUGUGGAAUCUGGUACCUGGAAUCUGGAAUCUGGAAUCUACAGCAUGGAAUCCAGGAUCCAAGACUGUGUUGUAUUACCUUACAUGGAGCGAGAUUCUCUUACACUAACAGUAUUAUCAGACUAGCCCAUGGUUCAUACAGGUCAUUUAAAACCUGGAAAGAAAUGGAAUUUAAGAAUUUCAUUUUUCAGGCCUGGAAAGUCAUGGAAUUUGAUUGUCGGUCAUUGAAAGUCAUGGAAAAUUAAAUUAUUUUGGGGGUAGAUAAGUUACUGUAGAUGACAAAGGAAGGACAAUGUAAGAUAAAGAGGAGUAAUUAAACAGCUCAAAUGGCACGCCUUUUUGGGACACCAGAGUUGGUGUCUGUUGAACUAUUUAAGGUCAAAAAUACCUUAAAACACGGAAAAAGUCAUGGAAAGUCCUGAAAUUUGAAGAGCGUUAAAGAAUACGAACUCUUGUUUAUCCCCUUUGUGACAGCGGAUUAUAGACCAAAAAACGAGACAUGCAAGAGGAAAAGCAGCCAAUGUAAAAACCACAGAGAUGAGCCUUGCUAUGACUUCGUCUUGAUUAAAUGUGCUCACCAGGGACCAUAAAUUCUUUAACUUUUGUAUGGUCGUGUUUGGCAACAGUUUGUUUCAUUUUAAUAAUAAACCUGAAUUCAUGAACAUUUUCAAAUAAAUGCUAUCACAGAUAGAGAUGACUUUUACCUGUGUUACCAAAUAUCAAGUCACAACGUAUCAGUAUUGAGCUGCACUUUUAUUUGUUUGUUAGCGUUACUGUAUAAGUAUUUGCCUUAUUUAUGGUUGGACUAAUUGAUAAAAACAUACAUGUAACAUCCAUCACGUACUUAACCUCAGUAUUGAGAUCUACUUGUAGUUAAACAAUUUCUUAGUUGAUCAAGCCUUACUCAUUUGUCUUUAACUUUGCUGUUGUUUUUCAGUGUGGUGAUCACCGGCCUUCGAUUUGGAACAGGAGUUUUACAAGACAAUUUUGUUGCUGACCUUGAAACUCACUAUGACAACUAUAUCCUUUACUAACUAUGAGCAAUGUCAACAACCCCCCUUCCAGAGUUAUUCACUGCAACUAAUCAAAUUCUCAGAAUCUCAGAAGAAGAUAACCUCUCCCGCAGACGUGCUUUUGGCUCGUCAUGCAAUCCUCCUUAAGAACGUCUGCAUGGGACGCUAAGAACGAAGAGGUCGAUUUUGAUUUUGAAUUUCCCCAAGGGUCGUAAGAGUCGAAUGGCAUUCGUGCUUGAUGCAUGAAGUAUUAGGACCUUUUAAUAAGCGUUGACAUCCCGGACGUCGAAAAUGGCAAACGGAAGAUGAUAUUUUCUUUCUUUCAGUGCUCUGACUCGACAAAUUCGUACAGCAGGAGUUAAAACAAAGGCAUUCAGAGUCGUUGUGGUGAGACGGAAGCGUUCCAUCAACCGAGACAUCGAACUUCCGGUUGCUAUUCAUGACGUCCUGGGCGUCAGUGUUCCUGUUGCUUAAACUCGCUGUUACUACACGUCUAACCCUGUUUUUUUUACAGUUUGCUUUUGUUCGUAUUAAUGUAUAUCUAUCUGAGUGCGCGUAUAAGUUUAUUUUAAGUGUGUUUCCUUGACGCUGUUUACCUGCAGAAUUCCUGACAUUUUUUGGGUUGCUCAACUUUUACCUGUACACCAUGGCUUUUGUAUACUCCCCAUCCAAAAACGCUUUAUAUGGUAAGCACGUUGGCUUAGACGUUUUACUUACAACAGCAUAGGUAAUACCGUACAGAACGUUUUCACAUGACGUUACGGCGGCCAUAUUUGUGUGCAAAGCAAUAAGACGGCGGCCAUGUUUGUUUACCAAAAAAUGCUGUGCGGAUUAAAAUCUUUUCUCGUGUAAAAAUUUUCUUUUGUUCCGAGAAGUUUGGAUAGCUGUUGACCACGUGAGUGAAAACGAUGUAUGUGGUUUAUAUGUAAUAACCCUCGUUAGGACUUUGAAAUAGUAAUUCCCCUCCGUAUAUAAGCCUCAGAAUGUAGGAACCUCAAAUAAACGCUUUGAAAAUUGUAAGCCAGCGGGGCUUAAUUUCGGUAUUUUAAGGUAUUUGUGCUUUAAUCUCAGUGCUCGACUGCAAAGUUCGAAAGCUAAGAGCGUUCAGGUCAGCCUGUUGUUAGCUCAAGGAUGGUAUAAAUGUGCAAAGAUUCGUCAUAUUUUCGCUUGGCUUGUUUUAACGAUCUCCCGACUAUCUGAGAGUCUGGUACAGGCUACGGUCAGAUUAACUUGUAAUCUUUUUGCUGUGUUGGGUUUCAGAGUCGUAUUUCCGUGAUCAUUCCUCGUUUUCAAUGCUGAAUGAAUCUGAAGAUGAGGAUAAUAUAUACAGGUGAGAAGCCUUCCCUUACAACUCAAAAAAUUAAAGAAGAUACUGGAGGAAAUUUCUUUGUUGGCAAACGUUGUUUGUGUCCUAGGGGUGUACCUUGGUUCCUGAGGUUUUAGAAAGGAGAAAGAAAACCUCUACAUCUAGUGUACCAAUGGCGACGUAUGCCUCGGUUUAGUGAGCGCUUUUAUUUUCUGUUCUCUCUGCUCGUUCAACACUUCGGAAGUGCCAGCCUCUGGCAUGAGACCAUUCAUUAUCAAUUAGAUCUACUUAGAUCUACACAGAGAAUUUAUAUCUGCUAAAAAUCCAUGGUGAGGCCUCCCGAGGGGGGCGGGGGGUGCGGUUAUCGUAUAAAAAUGACGCGGAUCCUCGUCGGAAAAUUAGAAUUAAACAUCUAAAGGAGACCAAUCUGGGUCUAGGCUAAAAUGUCAUCCGUCCCUUCACCCCCCUCCCCGCCCCCAUGCAACAGGAUUCAGACUACUCUGGGUGUGGAACAGGCUUUAUUUGACCACUAAAGGAGACCAUACUUCAACACAAUACGGCGGCUUUUUUCAUUUUAAUUUCGGAAUUUCUUUACGCACAACUCAACGCGCUACUCCUAAGCAAGACGACAAGUGUCUCCGUCAUUAUGGACUAAAAGAACGCAAAUUUACUUUUGAAGCGACAUUUUCGCUGCCAUUGCGUCGCGUCCUUGGAUCUUAAAGUUCCUAGUUUCAUGUGGGAGCCCCUCUCUGCAAGAUUUCCUGGCGAUGUGGUAGCGGAAAGUGUUAUAAUAAUUAUUUAUGUCAGAAAUAUUUCUACAUUUUGUAUCAUUUUUCAUUUCAGCUCUCAUGUCGAAAAAGGCCAAAUCGCAAGCAGUGACGAGGAAUACUAACGCUACUUAUAACAUGGAAGGAACUGAGGCCGUUUCACCCGAGCUAAAUUCGAUUCGUCCGAUUAGUAGAUUAUUUUAAAAAAACAAUGCUCUACGUGUCAAAAAACAAGUGAAAACACUCCUAUCUGUAGUAAUAUUCAUUAUCGUUGCGGUACGUGGUAGAAAGUAUAGCCAACUCGACGUUUGACUUUUCUAUUUAAGAACGAGAAUUACAGACGUAAAGUAAUUAGGCUUCCUUACAAGUCCAUUUGACAGUGUCUUUUAGUGAAGCCUUCGUUUCAAUGGUCACAAUUCACUCAAUAGUGACAUUGGGCGAAUCGACUUUAUUCGGGGCAAAUCAAUCGGCUGCCAAUGGAAGCGUCGUGUUUUCUACCUCAUAUUGGUUUGUUUGGAGGGCUAGGAGGGUCUGAAAAGGAGAGGAGAGGGACUGGAAUAGAGAGAAGAAGUUGUUACGUCAUGUAACCAUGGAAACAAAAUUUCUUGAUCGCCACAAACCCUGCUUCUGCAAGUACGGCUUUAAAAAAAGAAACGAAAAAAAAUUGACAUGUAAUGACUUUCCUUGGCGUGAUUGCACUCAGGAACAAAACGGUAGCCCAUACCUUUGUUCAAACGUUCGACCAUGCAAAUAGCCGUCUCUUUUGAGCAACGUGACGUCGUACUUCUCCUCUCUGUAAAGGAGGGGCCAAGGGUUCAAGGAAACACGCUUUUGUUUCUUAUCGUAAAGUAACAAAGCCAUCAUCAAAAGAGCGGGAGGGGAGAGAGGGUGGGAAACGAAGUACAAAAAGAACUGAACGUGAGAAUUUUUGAGCUCUAUAUCCCGACCCUUCUCUCCAAACUAGAUAUUUUACGUUAAUACUCUCUCGCUAUGUAAUUUAUUACUUGUUCAUGGAAAGAUGGUAUCGGCAAUUCAAAACUAAAGAAAACAUGCUUAUUUUAAGAGAAUUUAUCCCAGAGGGAGUAGGGGUAGAGUGUGAGUAGGUCAACACCCACCCUGAAAGUAGCAUUUUUGUAAAAAAAGUGAAUAUAAUACGGAUGCGCUACUAAAUGAACCGGGCGAAUUAUCAUACAAAUAAAUCCUUGUCUUUAUUGACAAAAGUGGCUAAAUUAAAGUUGAAGUAGAGUUAUACUUUUCUAACUGAAAUUUGUUGUCCUUCUGCUUAAUCGGAGGUAGAGGAUUAAUAGAAACCCCUAGAAAUAUAUUUUGAAUAAAUUCUGUAAGCCCUUGACAUUUAAGGUGGCUGAACACAGUUUUGCGGACGGUCAGCGGUAAUUCGCGUGACCGCGCGUGUUUUUAAUUAGACAAACAAACAUGGCGGCGGAAAAGCAAUGGUACACAGACGACGAUUUCUCAAAAUCUACUCAUUAAAAUUUUGUGAUAUUUGGCAGAAUUUUUACUUUUAUCGUAUUUUAGACAAUGAAAACUUUAAAAUGGAGGUUGAACAGACGAAUUUCGUGACACAUUUAAUAAUUACAAUACAAUUAUAUUAUUGAUUAUCUAAAAGUCCGUCUGUUAAAAUUUGAUCAAAUAAGUUUCAAAUGGUAACGAUUAGUUACAGUAAGAUGUGUGCAAGUUUAUAAGAAAAUCUAAUGAGCGAAUUUUAUGUAAACUGAACAAAAGUGAAAUUUUAAGGUUGUAUUCAAUCGUUCAUGUUGCCAUGGAAACUACGAAAACGUCAAAUUUUACCUGUCAAUCAAAAUCUUUCAUUAGUAUAUUUUUCACCUGCUAAGUUUCAGCUUGUGAGCUGCAACCUUUCUCUUGCCAUGAUUUGGCAAAUAACAUACACUCACAAACUGCCAAAACUGUGUUCAGCCACCUUAAUGGUUAUGUUAAGCCGGUUAUCUGUAGAUUGACCUGGUCUAUUGCUGUAUUUAUUAUAUGUAACUAAGUUAAACUCAGGCAUGUAAAGUAACAAGCCAAGAUAGAAAUCGAGGUAGAUUGAAAAUCCUUGUUUGUAUUGUGAGUUUACAAUC